GCCCCUCCCCAGCGCCCAUCCACUCCUAGAAAUCUAAAAGGCUCCUGGGUAUUGUUCUCUCUACCUCCAAUUUGGGGUCUGGGGGAUCAGGAGGCCCUCUCCUCAAGAUGGGGGAUCGGGGUCGCCUGACCCCCAACAACCCAGGAAAGGCCUCAGCCAUUGUUCCCCUCCCUCCAGAGUCUGGAGGUCCUGACUUCUGCGAGGCUCCUCUUAGGAGCUCUGGAAGGUCCCGGUGCAUUCUUCUCCCUCCCUCCAGCUAAGAAGUGGAAGAGGAGGAGACCACUAGCUCCCCUCAGCCUCUGCCGGACCCUGUCCCAGAAACGACCUGCAGUUCUACAUCCAGGAUGCGGCGCUCGGUCCUGGUCCGGAACCCAGGCCACAAGAGCACGAGGCCGGUAUAUGGAGAGCCUGACUCUGACUCCGACUCCGAAGACUUCAAGACUUCGGACCCCAAGCCCGAAGAUGUGGACCCUAUUUCUGAAGACCCAGAGCCGGAUCCGGAAGACCUCAACACUGUCUCCGAAGAUGUGGACCCCAGCUAUGAAGACCUGGAGCCCAUCUCUGAGGAUCUGGACCCUGACACGGAAAUGCCAGGCUCCAUCUUGGGGAACCAAGACUCCAACCCCCAAGACCUGGACCCCAUGUCGUCCAGUUUUGAUCUUGAUCCAGAUGUCAUUGGCCCUGUACCCCUGGUCCUCGACCCCGACAGCGAAGCCCUCAGUCCUGCCGCGGCAGAUGUGGACCCCCUUUCCUCCAGUGUCACUGCCACCCCUGAGGUCCUGGCCACCAGCCCCGUGGUGCUCCCGGCCCCAGCCAGUCCUCCCCGGCCCUUCUCCUGCCCCGAUUGUGGCCGAGCCUUCCGCCGCAGCUCGGGGCUGAGCCAGCACCGCCGCACCCACAGCGGCGAGAAGCCGUACCGCUGCCCCGACUGUGGCAAAUCCUUCAGCCAUGGCGCCACGCUGGCGCAGCACCGCGGCAUCCACACGGGCGCGCGCCCCUACCAGUGUGCGGCCUGCGGUAAGGCCUUCGGUUGGCGCUCCACGCUGCUCAAGCACCGCAGCAGCCACAGUGGGGAGAAGCCACACCACUGCCCGGUAUGCGGCAAGGCCUUCGGCCACGGCUCGCUGCUGGCUCAGCACCUGCGCACGCACGGCGGCCCUCGGCCCCACAAGUGCCCCGUGUGCGCCAAAGGCUUCGGCCAGGGCUCGGCGCUGCUCAAGCACCUGCGCACGCACACGGGGGAGCGGCCCUAUCCGUGCCCGCAGUGUGGCAAGGCCUUUGGGCAGAGCUCAGCGCUGCUGCAGCACCAGCGCACACACACAGCGGAGCGUCCCUACCGCUGCCCCCACUGCGGCAAGGCGUUCGGGCAAAGCUCCAACCUGCAGCACCACCUGCGCAUCCACACGGGCGAGCGGCCCUACGCCUGUCCACACUGCUCCAAGGCCUUCGGGCAGAGCUCGGCGCUGCUGCAGCACCUCCACGUGCAUUCCGGAGAGCGCCCCUACCGCUGCCAGCUCUGUGGCAAGGCCUUUGGCCAAGCCUCCAGCCUCACCAAGCACAAGCGGGUGCAUGAGGGCGCAGCCGCAGCCGCUGCUGCAGCUGCCGCUGCUGCCGGUUUGGGCCUCGGAGCUGGCCUGAGCUCUGCACCGGUGAGGAGGCCCGGGAAGGUCUCCUUUCUGGGUGCUGAUGCUGUGUCUGUGCUAGGCUCUGGCCUGGGCCUCAACCCUGGCCCCAGUUCCGGCUGCAGCCGCGACCCUGGCUCCCUUUCCAAUCUCAGCCCCAAACCCCUCACUGGCUCCGGAUCCACCCCCAGCCCUGAUCCCAUUGAAUCUUCUGACCCUGAGCCUGGUCACGAUGCCGACCUUGACCUUGUGUCCAGCCCUGACCAUGAAUCUGAUCCGAGCCCUGACCCUGUGCCCUCUCCAGACCCCAUCCCCGUCCCCCAGCCAGACCCCUGCUCUCCCACCGGAGACACUGUCAGCCCUGCCCUCCCUGCCAGUGAGAGUCCUGAGUGGGUCAAGGAGCAAGGGGCGCUGCUGGGGCCUGAUGGCUGAAGGGGACCCCGCAGGGAGUCUGUGGCGGCCUGGAGGAAAAAUUGUGUGUUGUGCACUUAGUAAAGCCCUCCCACUGCCUCCA